AUGUGAAUGGCGCUAUCAGCACCUGCAGCCCUACGGCCUGAACACUGGGUUCAUCUUCCCCCACCCCCGACCCACUUUAUUUUCUGAGAACGUCAAAUAAAUAAAUGAAGAAGGUGGGGGAAAAAGCAGAGGAAGCCAGCAGCAGGCAGGGGACCAUUCUCUAAGCUUGCAAAAUGUCAUCCAUCAAGCAUCUUGUCUAUGCAGUUAUCCAUUUCUUGCGGGAACAAAGCCAGAUAGAUACUUACACUUCAGAUGAACAAGAAAGCUUGGAAGUUGCGAUUCAGUGCUUAGAGACAGUUUUCAAGAUCAGCCCAGAAGAUACUCACCUUGCUGUACCACAGCCGCUGACAGAAAUGUUCACAAACUCCUUCUGUAAGAAUGACAUUUUGCCGCUUUCAAAUUCUUUGCCUGAAGAUGUGGGGAAAGCAGAUCAAUUGAAGGAUGAAGGUAAUAACCACAUGAAGGAGGAAAACUAUGGUGCUGCAGUGGACUGCUAUACACAGGCCAUAGAACUGGAUCCAAAUAAUGCAGUUUAUUAUUGCAACAGGGCUGCUGCCCAAAGCAAACUAGGUCACUACAUGGAUGCAAUAAAGGAUUGUGAGAGAGCGAUAGAAAUCGAUUCCAAGUACAGCAAGGCCUAUGGGAGAAUGGGGCUGGCCCUCACUGCCAUGAAUAAAUAUGAAGAAGCAAUUACAAGUUAUCAAAAAGCAUUGGAUCUUGACCCAGAAAAUGAUUCUUAUAAGUCUAACUUGAAAAUAGCAGAACAGAAAUUGAGGGAGGUGGCCAGUCCCACUGGAACAGGACUGAGCUUUGACAUGGCUAGUUUGAUCAACAAUCCAGCCUUCAUUAGCAUGGCAGCGAGUUUAAUGCAGAAUCCUCAAGUUCAACAACUCAUGUCAGGAAUGAUGACAAAUGCCAUUGGGGGUCCUGCUGCUGGGGUUGGAGGCCUGACUGAUCUGUCCAGCCUCAUCCAAGCGGGACAGCAGUUUGCUCAGCAGAUACAGCAGCAGAAUCCUGAGCUCAUUGAGCAGCUGAGAAAUCAUGUCCGGAGUAGAUCCUUCAGCAGCAGCACUGAAGAGCACUCCUGACUUGAUGGGAGACUCAUCUCCUAGAACUACAAUGUGAAUGGUUUUAUAGGCCUGACAUGUUUACUGUAGUUAGCUGGGGGGUGGGAGGGGGGGAGGAGAAAGAAAGGGCACCAUUUUAACUCUGCUGCUUGGAAAUGAGAUGAAAAGAAAACCCUUGGUGUGUUUCUUUAAGAAUAAAUCUGUUUAGAAAAUAGAUUUACCACUCACAGACUUGAACAUAUCAUUGUACGUAGAGUGAUUCCUUUGUAAAUGAAUAUUUAAUAGCCUUGUUAACUAGGAUACCAACAUAAUAGUUGACAAGAUUCUAUUUUCAGUCUCUGUCUUGUGUAUUAGUAUUGUGUCAGGGCCUCUUCACAGAAGGAAACAUUAACUGAACACUAGGGCUGUUUGGUGGUAAGGAUUGGCUCAGAAUCCCUUUAAGAUACCUGUUGGGGCAAAGUGGGGAAAGGUUUUUCAGUGCCACCUUAUUCAUUUGAAGUUCAAGCCAGGCAUCUUUGCUCUGUGUCUCAGAAGCACUGUCUUUGCACCUGAGCAGCACAGAGCCAGGGCUCACAUAGCUCGCCCUCACUCUUGGCGGGUUCCAAUCUGACAUUGCUCAGAUCUGACGAUCCAGACUAUAGUUACCAGUGUCAGCUAAUUUAGCAUUGCUCAUGGUAAUGGGUGAGAAGAAAACUAGAAGCUGGUGAAAAGGAAAGCAUGGAGGAGCAGAAGAUAAUUAAUUUAGAGGGCAAAAAACAAGGUCGAGGAGCCAGGGGUGAGGUGUGGCGGGUUAGAAUGGAGAUUGAGAGAAAGGAGGGAGAUGCAGAGAAUGAAAUUGGGGAUGGGAUGCCUAGAUUUUCUACACAACAGCCCUCAGAGAGUCUUACCCACAGUGUGGUACUGGUAGGAUUUGCAUGGCCAGCUGUGUUCUGUAUAAAUAUGCAUACAUAUGCAUAUAUAUGAAUGUGCAUAAUGAAAUAUGCUUAGAAAUCUUUUGUGGUGAUACAUAAGUCAGCUAUAUAAUGUUAUCAUUUAACUAGCUCAAUUUUACCACUGGAAACCUCACCACAGGCAAAAAACAAAACAAAACUUAACGUGGGUCAUUAUAUACAUUAGGUUCAAAUAAAUCAAUGGCUUGGACUUGAGGGUUUUCUAAGUGCAUUUAAUUAUGUUCUAAUAAACAUUGUUUUUUUGAUCUUGGCAAUUUUA